CAUUCUUUCAUCACUUCAUAAAUAUAUAAAUCAAGCAUUAGCAAUUUGCAGAUUUCAGGUGCAGCAGCAGCAGAUUUAAGAUGGAGACUGGAGGCAAUUCUCUAGCGUCUGGGCCGGAUGGAGUGAAGAGAAAAGUGUAUUACUUUUACGACCCGGAAGUCGGGAACUACUAUUAUGGACAAGGUCACCCAAUGAAGCCACACAGAAUUCGCAUGACACAUGCUCUACUAGCUCACUAUGGUUUACUGCAAAACAUGCAUGUGGUGAAACCUGUUCCUGCUAGGGAUAAGGAUCUUUGUAGGUUUCACGCUGAUGAUUAUGUUACUUUUCUAAGGGGCAUCACCCCGGAAACACAGCAAGAUCAGUUAAGGCAGCUAAAAAGGUUUAAUGUUGGUGAAGACUGCCCGGUGUUUGACGGUCUUUACUCCUUCUGCCAAACUUAUGCAGGAGGUUCUGUUGGAGGGGCAGUCAAGUUGAAUCACGAUUACUGUGACAUUGCAAUAAAUUGGGCAGGUGGGCUGCAUCAUGCUAAAAAAUGUGAGGCUUCUGGUUUCUGUUAUGUUAAUGAUAUCGUGCUGUCUAUACUUGAACUUCUGAAACAGCACCAGCGUGUGCUAUAUGUAGAUAUUGACAUUCAUCAUGGUGAUGGUGUUGAGGAGGCUUUCUACACUACUGACAGGGUGAUGACGGUUUCUUUCCAUAAAUUCGGAGAUUAUUUUCCUGGUACAGGGGAUAUUCGAGAUAUUGGAUAUUCAAAGGGAAAAUAUUAUUCUUUAAAUGUUCCCCUGGAUGAUGGUAUUGAUGAUGAGAGCUAUCAAUCAUUGUUUAAGCCGAUAAUUGGUAAAGUGAUGGAAGUUUUCAGACCUGGUGCAGUUGUCUUGCAAUGUGGUGCAGACUCUUUAUCAGGGGAUAGGUUGGGUUGCUUCAAUCUCUCAAUUAAAGGUCAUGCUGAAUGUGUGAAAUACAUGAGAUCUUUUAACGUACCCUUACUCUUGCUUGGUGGGGGAGGCUACACAAUACGCAAUGUUGCUCGCUGCUGGUGCUACGAGACUGGAGUUGCGCUUGGGAUUGAGCUAGAAGAUAAGAUGCCUCAACAUGAGUAUUAUGAGUACUUUGGUCCUGACUAUACUCUUCAUGUUGCUCCGAGUAACAUGGAAAAUAAGAAUUCUCGUCAGCUACUGGAUGAAAUACGAUCAAAGCUUCUUGAUAAUCUCUCUAAACUUCAGCAUGCACCAAGUGUGCAAUUUCAAGAGCGACCACCUGAUACAGAAUUCCCCGAGCCAGAUGAAGAUCAAGAGGAUGACGAUCGAAGAUCAGAUGAUUCUGAUAUGGAUGAAAAUAAUGAGAGUAAACCUUUCUCUGGACGUGUGAAGAGGGAGCUUCAUGAUAUCGAGUCUAAAGACAUGGAUGAUCUAAAAGAAGGUGAACGCUCUAGUGCUAGAGAUAUGGAUGCGUCAUUUGCAGAAAUAUCCCUUAAGGGUUCGAAUUCAGGCCCCGCACCAGCAGAUGUCAAACUAGAACAUGGAAGCUCAAACAAGCCGGACCAGCCUUCUGAGAUGAAUUUAUAAUGUAUGAUACCAUUAUGUCACUAUGUUUAUGAUAAACCUUUUUAUUGCAAUUUCUAAUUAGUCUGUCGUAAAACUUAUUAUGAGAACUCGUGUAUUAUGUUGUAGAAAACUGGCUCGUGCGUCUGUAUGUGGUUUGUCAGUUGCAUCUUUUGGAUAGAAUGAGUUAAUGGAACGACAGAAUAGACCAGACUUGCUAAUGUGAAAAUAUUUAAGAAUUCAAUUGAAUGAGUUCAAAGUA